AUGUUUCAAAACAUCCGGGGCUGGAGAGGGCUGGAGAGCUGGGGAUUGACGUCUUCAACCAUCGUUUAUCGGACAAGCUUACGUGGUUCGCUGCGUGUGAGAGGCAGAGAGGAUUGGGGGUGUCGGAGUUGGCAGCUGUGUUGUGCGUUCUUCGGUGCCGGAGAGGCUGUGUUGGGGAGCCGAACGCCAGCUUCCAGCAGAACCCAGCUUAUGAAUAGAACAAGGAUCUGGAUUUUGGUCCAUCCGCCGUGCAUCGCGCUCGCGAUCAUUCGGCUGAUGAGUCUGUACUGUACCACAUGUGUGCUGCUCUAUGGUGUCAAAGACAAUACGUUUCUUGGCGUCGAGUUCACAGACCACAAGAAAGGACUCAUGAUUCUGAUACUCGGCUCCCAGUCUACGACCUGCAUCUCUUGUUGGUCGAAGGCGGCCAAAACCAGCAUAUUUCGACUCUGCAAUCUCUGCCCGGCCUUGCAGGUAAUAAGCCGUGAUAGCUACGGCUGCACACAUAUCAUGCAACAUUCCAGACCUUCGCCCAUGGCAGUCAUGGACCUGCUAAAAUAUGUCGGGCUGUCGUUGUGCAAUGGUCUUCCCGAGCGUGUGCUGAAGAACUGCGCUCUGCGUGUCACUAGCCACAGCAACGACCCAGAUUCAGAUUCACCAUCAAGAGUCCAUGCAGGAGUUAUGGGUGAACAAAGAUGA